AUAAUUAUUUCACUUCCCUUUGCUAGUUUCGCAAGGGAUUUGUAUCCUACAGUGCAGUUUAAGACCAAAUCUGUCGUAUAUUAUACUUUAUUCGCAACGUUGACAUUCAACACAAAGAUGUCGCACACAAUCCUGUUGGUUCAGCCCACCAAGAGACCCGAAGGCCGGACAUAUGCUGACUACGAGUCGGUGAAUGAAUGCAUGGAAGGUGUAUGCAAAAUGUAUGAAGAGCAUCUCAAGAGGAUGAAUCCAAAUAGUCCAUCCAUCACUUAUGAUAUUAGUCAGUUAUUUGACUUCAUUGACGACUUGGCAGACCUGAGCUGUCUUGUUUACAGAGCGGACACCCAAACAUAUCAGCCCUACAACAAAGACUGGAUUAAAGAGAAGAUUUACGUCCUGCUGAGACGUCAAGCUCAUCAAGCAGGGAAGUAAAGAGACGAUUUGCAGGUUGUCCUUCUAAAUAUUAUCCUGGAGGAAGAUAUGGAGCACAGCUACAUUUCAAAAAGUUCUCAGAGUUCCGUGCGAUAGAAGACAAUCUUGUAAGAUGAUGAUGGUUCAAGGGUCACCUAGCUGUGGCCCUGUAGUUUCGAACUGGAAACCUUUUCUUCUUGCUAUUCUCAAACGGCCAAGCCAAUUCACGUUUGGUUUGUAUUUGUUUGCAGUAUACCGUAUUUUCGCAACCAUAAGGCGCAUCGUAUUAAAAGGUGCAGUCUAAUUUGUGGAUGCAAUUUCUGCAUUUAACACAUUCAAAAGGAGCACUGUAUUAUUGAGCGCAGCCAUGGUGGCACUCACGAGGGAUUGAGGAUUAAUUACACUUUUAUUUUUCUAAGCAGAAGAAUGGUCUUGCCCUGUUUUCACAAAAAACAGUCAACACAAAACCAAAAUCAUUACGCCACACCAAACAGAGCAACACAACCAGUAGACAACAAAUCGACCAGAAGGAAAGCCGAAGAAAUAAUUGACACAAAACAUGCAUUUCAAAUGCUAUUUACGUACAUGUUUAGCGCCGCAAAGCAUGCUGGGAGCGCCUCCAGCCUCCCAGGAAUGCCACAAUACGCUAUCUUAAAACAUACGGUAGCAUGCAUGCGCGCUAUUUAAAAAGGCAGCAGGACCAAAACUGUGUUUAAAAGGGAAAUCCAGUGGUUUGCAUGAACAAUGUAUCCAAUAGGUCAUGUAAUAUGUACUCUAUUUUGAUAAUAUGAUGUAAAAUCCUCUCUCAUUUAAUAGUGUUUUGAGAAGAUUUUAAUCGACAAUAACGAAUUUUCAGGGGCGCUGCCAUUUUCGCGAUUCACAUGACUUUCAUACCCGGAUGUCACGCGUAAGGUGCCGCACCAAAGGCUCGAUUACAUUGUGCCCAGUGCUGAUUUCUCGGAUUUAUCCCCAUUUGAUGAAGAAAUAACAGUAUCGGUUGAUCGGGAAGAUGGAGGAGUAUGUCCAUACUGAUUUGAACCUGUGGAUGUAAAUACUGUUGAAUAUUCGGAUGGUUCUACGGGCAGAAUGACGCCAGAGUUUGACUACUCGGAGGCCUAUGCGCGGGACGGAAGUGCGUAAAUAAUGGUGUCUGAGAUUCGGCUAACAGCCUCCGCCGGACGCCGAAGCUCGGCUCGCGGCCUCCGUCGGGUACUGAAGCUCGGCUCGCGGCCCGCCGCCGCAGCUUGGUCAUCAGACUCCGCGUCAUUCCACCCGAAGAACAAUCUGAAUAUUCAACAUUAAUUACAGCCACAGAAUCGAGCCUUUGGUGCAGCACCUUACACGUCAAGUCCGCGCAAUGGCAGCGGCCUUGAAAUUCGUAAUCGCAAUUGUCAAUAAAAAUCUUCUAAAAACACUAUUAAAUGAGUGGGGAUUUAACAUCAUAUUGUCAAAAUAGAGUACAUAUUACAUGACCUAUUGGAUACAUUGUUCAUGCAAAGCGCUGGAUUUCCCCUUUAAGUACAAUGUAAACAAUGAGUCCGGUUGUACUUCAUUGAAGUAUUUAACAAUAUACGAACAUCAAAGUCCUCAUCUUCUUUAUCCGAAAUGAACAGCUUCCAUCAAACACGUCGGGUUCCCUCUCAUCAUUGUCUGAGUCAGUCUCGUUGCCGCGCAGCUCCUUCGAAAUGAUGCCGGCUUUUGCGAAAGCUCAAAAAGGAGUGGAAGCAAACACGUUAGCAAAAGCAUCCACAAUCCCUUCAGAAAUUGUGGCGUCACUCAGCCGCCGCUGCCUCCCAGUCUUCGUAAAGCUGUGCUCGCCGUCUGUCAUCCAUGGCGCCCACGCCGCUUGCAACUUCACUUUGAACACCAUGUGUUUACACCGAUGUCCGGCGGUUGAAGUUUCUUCGUCAAGCCUCUUGGAAUAAUUGCAAGAUCCAAGUUCAUUCGCUGAACUUAACCGAUAGCUUGCAGUUUAAACGGUGCCAUUUUCUGGGGUCCUUAGCCAAAAUGAAAUACCGGCACUAUUUACCUGCUGGGCAGCGUACCUGUACCGUCCCUCUUCCACGCCCACCCUUCCCCCUCUUAACAUCCACAUGCUGUCUGUCUUUAAUCACGUCCGCCUUUUCUCUAUAUAAUCAGCGUAUCGCCUGGAAAUGUUCUUGGUCAAUCAGGGGUCGCGCUCGUCAAAGUCACACAUUUACGUGUUUCGGAACUCGUUGCACAGAUAAGCCGCCCAUUUGGGAGAAAAUGUAAAACUUUUAACUGAGCCUUAUGGUUGUUAAAAUAUUUUUUUUUAAUUUUGUGGGACCUGACGUACCCAAAAUUUACAACUGUGAUGUUUUUCUGACCACAGUGUUUCUAUUAAGGAUAUUUAAUGCUGUUUUUUUUAAAUAAAUUUGUUUAUCUGA